AAACAUAUUUCCUUUUAUGACAGUGAGUCGAUCCCUUUAUCUUCGGUUCUUGUCUGAAAAUCUCAUUUUGUUCACCUUAGAGAGAAACCAAACCAAGCCAUUACUGGCCAUCAAAACGACACGGCGUGUUAAGUGGUAGCUUGUGCUCUCCCUCUGCUCUAGCUCUUGAACAAAGACCCUAAAAUUCUCUGUCUUCAGAUCACACUCUCACCACUUUCUUGCUCGUGUGCUUGCUUUGGAGCUCCUGUUUUGUUGCUCCUUUUAGCGUAAUGUAAAGCAGUGGUUCGACCCAGAAUGAUCUUAUACAUGGAUAGGCCUGCUUUCCAAAAAACAAGUAGCUGAAAUAACAUUAGUGGGUGGUUAUUUAAUGCCUGGUGAAGAAGUUGAAGACGGGAUCCGCAAUCUAUUCGAACUAGAUAACUCUUCCCAGGGACAGCAUUUUUCCCACGCUGUCAAUGGAAACUGGUCAGUGCUUGAUGAUAAUCUGUGGGUUGGAAAACAAAGGCAUAGUGUGGCACCUCUGAACUUCAAUCUGAAGAACUACGGAGUACAAAAAUUAGAUUCUGUGAGAGGACGCAGUGGUGAGUCAGUAAGUGUGCCGUAUAAGCCGAAUUAUACAAAAUUGACUCCAAUACCUGAGAAUAACCGAAGUCACUCCAGAAACUACCAGUUGAAUACCAAUGGAUCCUUUCUUGGAAACCAGGGUUUCCAGACAGGGCAGAAUCAACCUGUUUUUAAUGAUCAGCAUAAUUUAAUUUUGAGGGGCUUGUCUAUUGUUAAAUCACAGCAAGAAUAUGAGUCUGGGACUGACAGUCCCACCCUAACAGCAAAUUCUGAAAGGUCAGAGAUUACUGAAGUUUCCACCGAUUUUAACUUUCUUAGAGGGCAACAACAACUUGCAAAGGACCAUCAACCAGGAACUGUACAGCCUGUUCCAAUGCAGCAACCUGGUUUUAGUGACAUGCAGUUAUUGCAGCAGCACAUGAUGUUCAAGCAAUUGCAAGAACUUCAAAGGCAGCAGCAACUUCAGCAGUUAGGAGAUGUGCGGCAACAGAAUCCAUUAAACCAGCUUCCAGCAAUUUCUAAACAGGUUGCUGGGGGUCAGUUCUCACCACUCAAUGGAACACCUAUUAAUGAUGCAUCUCAAAUGUUUAUGAACUGGGUACAGAGUGGUGCAUCCUCUGGUACGCAAGGAGUAGCUAAUAGACUCAUGUUUUCAGCUGAGCAAGGUCAAUCUCUGCGUUCAAUGGGCCUUGUCUCUCAGCCGGUUGAGGGAUCUUUAUAUGGUACUCCUGUUGCUACCGCGAAAGGUAAUAUGGGUCAAUAUUCCCACAUCCAAGGAAUACCCCAAGCACAGAAGCCCACGGUGCAGUCAUCAGGUUUCAGUAACUCCUUUUUGAGAGAUCAAUUUACUGUUUCUCCAGACCAGGCUUCCAUGACACAAGGGGCUUUCAUGUCCAACCAGGGGUUUUCAGGGAAAAACAUGUUUGCACAAGUUCCCAAUCCGGGUUUAAAUAGUGGAAUUUUGUCAGGAAACCUCCAGGAAGCUAAUUCACCACAAUCAAAUUCAUCAAUGAAAGAACUUAAUGGAAGGCAAGAGCAAACUGUUUGGCCUGCAAUGCAGCAAAAAACAACACAACAUGGUCCUAAUCAGGGUUUGGUACCCCUAGACCCAAUGGAAGAGAAGAUAUUGUACAAUAUGGAUGAAAACAUAUGGGAUGCUUCUUUUGGAAGACGCAGCGACAUGGGUACUGCUGGUUUUGGCAAUAUGAUGGAGAACACGGAUUUAUCAAAUUCAUUUCCAUCAUUGCAGAGUGGGAGCUGGAGUGCUCUUAUGCAGUCUGCAGUAGCAGAAGCUUCAAGCAGUGAUACUGGGAUGCAGGAGGAGUGGAGUGGCUUGACUUUCCAGAAUACGGAACAGUCAACUGAUAAUCAGCUUUCGAAUUUCAUGGAAGGUGACAACCAACAGACAGGUUGGGUUGAUAACAACUUGCCGAGUGCCUCCUCCUUUACUUCAAAACCGUUGCACAUGUUUAAUGAUUCCAAUAUGAGCUCUAGCUUCCCUGGCUUUCAGCAUCAAGGCAUCCAAUUUUCAGGUGAACAGAGAGAGGGUUUGCGCCAGAAUGGUGAAUCCAUGGAGAAGUCUCCUAAGGUCACUGGUGAAUGGGUGGACUGUAAUCCUCAACAGAAGCCAUCUGUUGAAGGUAGUCAACAGGUCCAAUCAUUUAUGCAUUUAAAUAAUGCAUGGGCAGGCCAGAUUAAUGAGCGCUCAGAAGGUGAUGUGCAGCAGCAGAGAAUGGCGUCACAUAUUAACUUAUCUGCUGUACCAAAUACUGUCAAGUCCCACCAGGCGACCAGUCAACAGAUCUUGCAGAAUAAUCAAUCUGAUUACAUGCGACAUGCUGAUAUAUCUGUUGCCAAAAGGGAAAAAGAGAGCAUGGGAAAGGGCCCUCAACAAAUAAGCAAUGGCCCUCAUGUCUAUAGUAACUCCUAUGAUGGAGAAGCUGAAACUUAUGAGAAGCAGAAGAGCUACUACCCUAGGGAGAAUUCUAAUGGCAGCUUCAACUCCAAAGGAUUGAGUGGUAGUGAGCAAGGGCAUGCGUCACAGUUCCAGUUCUUGUGCUAG